AUGCAGUUCUUGAAGGAUGAGGUGGCUGAAGCAGAGAAGACGAAGGAUUACCUCGUGCUCCUCAUCCACGACGUGAAUGGACACUUUGCUCCUUGGGAAACAGACGACCAAGUCGAGCGGUACCACUACUUUUCAGAGGUUGUGGCUGGCUCGCGUACAAUAGCUGUCUUUUCGGGUCACUUCCAUCCUAUCGGAGGCCAGCGCAUAGGCACCUGGGCCCAUCUGAGAGACUCUCGCAAGCAGGAGGAUCUUGUGAAUGCCUUUGGAGAGACGAUUCCCUCCCUUCGCAGCUAUGCACCCGACUACUCUGCCUUCCUCGUGACACAAUGGAAUGUGGCACGGUGCUUCUGGCGUUUUGGGUCUGUACAGGUCCCAACCAAGGACCAACCCAGGGGUGAUCCAUCUUGGAAAGAUCCGGAGGAUGACAAUCAGCAGAACACGUUUAGUAUUCCUGACUGUACUAUCGAUGAUGAGUACAUGCCGCCGCAGAGGGAUGCUUCCCUCAUGGUCUCUGGUUGCUCGCAGUCUCCACUGGUCCUGCUGCCACUGUUGGUGCUCGCCUCUUUGUUGCGCGGUGCUUCAGCGAAUUUCUAA